UCAUCCCGCGCGACACGCCUUCUUCCCCAGAACUUCGCGAAUUUCCUUACCUUCAAUCCAAGAUACCCAAUUGACCCGUCCACGAAACUUCACGCCAAACCACGAUAUAUCGUAUACCAUACAAAUCUUGAAAGCCCACCGUUGAGCAUCAUAUACAAUGGCAGCAGAACAGAGGAAGCUGCUCGAGCAGCUCAUGGGCGGCUCGGCUAGUACCCGGGCGGCCUCGCUCUCCAUGACAGAUCCCAAAGUCUGCAGAUCAUUCCUCGUUGGCACAUGCCCUCACGACCUCUUCACGAAUACCAAGCAGGAUCUCGGUCCUUGCCCAAAGCAGCACUCCGAAGCACUCAAGGCCGAGUACGAGGGACUGUCAGAUAAGGAGAAGCAAAAGUACGGCUUUGAGUACGACUACAUGCGCGACCUUCAAAAGUACAUCGACGACUGCAACAGGAGGAUAGACUCAGCACAGCGCAGACUCGAGAAGACGCCCGACGAGAUCCGCCAAACAAAUGCCUUGCUGAAAAGCAUCGCCGAACUCUCCUCCACAAUCCACAACGGCACCCUCGAAGUCGAAAUCCUCGGUGAAAUGGCCGAAGUAUCCCGCGCGAUCGACGAGUUCUAUCGAGUACGCCAAGCACAGCAAACGAAAUUGGAUCGCGAGAAGGAACUCAAGGCCCUGUCAGACACCUCGGGCCCGUCCGGCCACCAGAAGCUGCAAGUUUGCGACGUUUGCGGCGCCUACCUCAGUAGGCUGGACAACGACCGCCGUCUAGCGGACCACUUUUACGGAAAGAUGCAUCUCGGCUACGCCCAGAUGCGCAAGACCUUUGACGCGUUCCCCAAGGAGAUGCGCCACCGCCAGCGCGCACCGAUGGACGACGACAACAUGGGACCCGGCGGUCCCAGAGGUCCUAGGAGCGGUGGAGGGUACCGCGGGCGUGGUGGCAGGGGAUACCGUGGCGGUGGCGGCGGUGGAUGGUAGGCCCAUCCGGGGAAGUGGAACACUUCGAAAAAGAUCGCAGCUCAACCCGAACCAGAGGAUGAAGAAUUGAUGAGCGGCAAUCCGAAUUAGGAGCCUAUGUCGAUGCUGUCCGUCAGAUCUCGAAAAAGAGCAGCAUGCUACCCUGAGCACUUGGAUUAUGACUGAGCAUUGCAGAAAGCGACCGCCAGUACUCUUCGAUCCGCGAGCCAAGCUUGUGGAGCACAAACAAACAGACGUUCAGCAUGAUACUUGAAGGAUGUAAAACGUGGGUGACGAUACCACUGGAGGUUGAUUUGCUUCAUACUAAGUCUUUUAGGCCUUCGAUCACAACUGAUCCAAUCGGCAACGGCAUUGAUUCUACGAUGGCCAAGAUUACGGGUCAAGAUUGCGAAGCAUCCAACUCAAGGGAACAUAGACGGCGGCGUUGGGUAGUCCCGGACGGCAUUCUGUAUUCACGCUCGUAACGGCACCUGCUAAAGGCGAGACUCGCAAACCCUGGAUGCCCGCUUAAUGAGGAACCAUGCUUAGAAGCGAACUAUAAUGUACUCCAAUUGCUCUUCAUUCCCCUCGUUGUGGCGUAUUCAAAAUGCAUCGUCGCUGUGAUUUUGUGAUCCAAUUCGUGAUGCUUCUCGUCGUAAAGCUUUACUGUCCGCUGAGGCAUAGUUCUCAAGAAGAAGACUGCGCAGCGGCGUUCUUGAGCUUCUCAUCAAAUGCCUCCAUCUCGUCGUCCCACCUGCCAAGAGGCGACAAGACAGGAGGCGAAAUGUCACCGCUCGUAGCCUUACCAGGCAGGGCAGGGAAUUCCUCGGUGCUGAUGACCGGCGCCGGCGCGGGAGCCUGGGCGGCAGGAGCCUUAGCUUCCCGAGCGCCGUUCGAAUCCCCCCGUUCAUGAUCAUUCCCAUAUCCACCACGGCCACCGCGUCCACCCCGCCCCUGCCCACGACCUCUUCC